AUGACGGAGGGAAGCAACAUCCCGCAUGAGACGCACCUGACCAAGCAUGAGGGAUACGGUAUUGAGCAACCAAACGAGUUCUUUAAGAGAUACGGAUCUCAUAUCCUGACGAUCAUGAAACUGCUCAAGUAUGGAUGCACUGCCGCCUGUGUUGCUGUCCCGCCCCUCGCUCUAUUCAACCUUACAGGCGAAAUCGAAACUGUCAAGAAGAGUCUUGAUGUCAGUGUGAGCACACUUGGGCCUCUAGUGGACGAAGCAAUUGCGUAUAUCGAAAAAUUGGGCAAGGACAAUGCAGAACUUGACACAAUACUCAGCAAGAUGGAUCUGAAUGCGAUCGAGGCGCUUGUGGGGGCGGAUCGAAGGCAGUUGGAGUCGUUUCUACGCAUCGACGACAAGGGGCAUGACCUUGGCAAUCUGUAUUAG